ACUCACUCACUUUCUCACACAAAACACUAAAAUAAUCAAAGAUUUCUUCAUCAUACAAGUUCUACCUUUUCUCCUUUCUUUUCUCUCUCUCUCUCUCUCCCUCCUUUUGUUCUCUUUCUCUCUCUCUUUCUUUCUGCAUAUAUACAUACAUACUUAGAUAUAUACAUAGAAACAUUAUUCAGUGAAGCAUUUCAUUGUCUUCAAUAUACCUUUCAGAGUGUAGGGAAAUGAGUUCUUCUUCUGGUCAAAAUAGCAGCUAUGAUAUCUCUUUCAAGAUCUUGUUGAUUGGUGAUUCAGCUGUGGGAAAAAGUAGCUUACUUGUUAGCUUCAUCUCUGGCUCUGUUGAAGAUCCAGCCCCCACAAUUGGUGUUGAUUUUAAGAUCAAGCUUCUCACAGUAGGUGGCAAGAGAUUGAAACUAACUAUUUGGGAUACCGCUGGGCAGGAAAGGUUCAGAACGCUAACAAGUUCUUACUAUAGAGGCGCGCAAGGAAUCAUUCUCGUUUAUGAUGUAACAAGAAGAGAAACCUUUACAAACUUAUCAGAGGUGUGGUCCAAAGAAGUGGAACUCUAUUCAACUAAUCAGGAUUGCAUGAAGAUGCUAGUUGGAAAUAAAGUUGAUAGAGAAUCAGAAAGGACUGUGAGCACAGAAGAGGGUCUAGCACUUGCAAAAGAGUUUGGAUGUUCGUUUUUUGAAUGCAGUGCCAAAACUCGAGAAAAUGUAGACAAGUGCUUUGAGGAACUUGCCCUAAAGAUAAUGGAAGUUCCUAGUCUUUUGGAAGAAGGAUCAACAUCAGUGAAAAGGAAUAUUUUAAAGCAAAAACAUGAACCACAAGCAUCCCAAGAUGGUGGUUGCUGCUUGUAAAAUGCCACAAUGUGGACAGUGAGUCGUAAACUAACAUCUCAAACCGGUCCUCUUAUGUAUUAUUCUUCCAUAGUUUCUUAUUGGCUCAACUGUCGUUUGGAUUCUCAAUUAAUUGUACCAUAACAAUGGGAAAUUGGCGACAUAAUGCCAAUUUGCUUGCAUAAAAUUUCUCUACUUUCUGUUAUUAUUUUUAGCCUAUAUGAAAAAUCUGGUGCACUAUAUCAAAAUUGUAUGAGUGUAUCCCUCUCUUCACAUGAUUAAUCAAGUGUAAUAUGUAAUACUAGACCUCUCCUUACAUGAUCAAUCAAUGAUUAUCUUACAGCUCCUA